UGCGCGCGGCCGGAGCCGGCGGCUGCAGUGAUUGGAAUCCGGCUCCUGCCCGCCCCGCCCCGCCCGCGCGCCGCAGGGACGGGCCGCGCCGCGCCGGGAGCGCCUGCCGGGACGGAGCCUGCGCUGAGCCCGGGCCGCGCCGUCCCGUCCCGUCCCGCCCUCGCCCUCCCCCGCCCGACACGCACCCGCCUUCGCCCCCGUCUCACCGGAGCCGUCGGGGCCCCGGGAACGGCCUGCGGACGCGCGGCGGGGAGCGGGCCCCCUCCCCCCUUCGCCUUCCCUCCCGCCGCGGAGGAUGAGGAGCCCCCACCGCCGAUUAAUAGAAAUAUGCAUUUCCGUAAUAUCACCUUUGAACUAAUGAAGUGGAAGUACAGAUGAAAACAGUCUGGAGGAAGCUUGAAGUACAAUACAGUUUCAUUCAGUUUUGUAAUUCUGAGGAAACGAAGUUGGAAAGUUACAAAAGCAUCUUUGCAGUCAAGCACCAAACCUUGUAUUAGGCUUUACCAAACAGACUAAGCUUAACAUUUGUCAAGCAGAAGGGCCAGUCGCCUUGCACGGGAAGGAUUAGAAGUGAACAAUGACUCGAUUGAGAGUUUAUGAGCGAUUGCUUGGAGCCUAUCUGCUUAUCAUUCUCCAUGUUCAAGGUCAAAAUCUAGACAGCAUGCUUCAUGGCACAGGAAUGAAGACAAAUCCUGACCAAAAGAAACAAGCAAAUGGAGUAACACUCGCUCCAGAGGACACCUUACCUUUUCUUAAGUGCUACUGCUCAGGACAUUGUCCAGAUGAUGCUAUUAAUAACACAUGCAUAACUAACGGGCAUUGCUUUGCUAUCAUUGAGGAAGAUGAACAUGGAGAACCCACGCUUGCUUCUGGCUGCAUGAAGUAUGAAGGUUCAGACUUCCAGUGCAAGGACUCACCUAAAGCACAAUUACGUCGAACAAUUGAGUGCUGUCGGACUGAUUUCUGCAAUCAGGAUUUACAACCAACAUUACCACCACUUGAUAGUACAGAUGGACUUUUUGAUGGCAGCAUUCGUUGGAUGGCUGUGUUGAUUUCUAUGGCAGUCUGCAUAAUUGUCAUGAUCAUCUUAUUUAGCUGCUUUUGUUACAAGCAUUACUGUAAGUCAAUGGCAAAAAGGCACUGUUAUAAUCGUGACCUGGAACAAGAUGAAGCAUUUAUUCCAGCUGGGGAGUCAUUAAAAGACCUUAUUGACCAGUCACAGAGUUCUGGGAGUGGUUCGGGACUACCGUUGUUGGUUCAGCGCACUAUUGCCAAACAAAUUCAGAUGGUGAGGCAAGUUGGAAAAGGACGAUAUGGUGAAGUGUGGAUGGGCAAAUGGAGGGGUGAAAAAGUCGCAGUGAAAGUGUUUUUCACCACAGAAGAAGCCAGCUGGUUCCGAGAAACAGAGAUUUACCAGACUGUUUUAAUGCGUCAUGAAAACAUCCUUGGUUUCAUAGCUGCAGAUAUUAAAGGCACCGGCUCCUGGACACAGCUUUACUUGAUUACAGAUUAUCAUGAAAAUGGAUCGUUGUAUGAUUUCCUGAAAUGCACUACACUAGACAACAGGGCUCUCCUCAAACUGGCAUAUUCUGCUGCAUGUGGUCUGUGCCAUCUACACACAGAAAUUUAUGGGACACAAGGCAAGCCUGCUAUUGCACACAGGGACUUGAAGAGUAAAAACAUCUUGAUAAAGAAAAAUGGAACCUGCUGCAUUGCUGACUUGGGUCUUGCAGUCAAGUUUAACAGUGACACAAACGAAGUUGAUGUUCCCUUGAAUACUAGAGUGGGAACAAAACGUUACAUGGCUCCAGAGGUCCUAGAUGAAAGCCUGAAUAAAAACCAUUUCCAACCGUACAUCAUGGCUGACAUCUACAGUUUUGGGCUGAUCAUUUGGGAAAUGGCUCGGCGUUGCGUCACAGGAGGUAUUGUUGAAGAGUAUCAGUUGCCGUAUUAUGACAUGGUGCCAAAUGAUCCAUCCUACGAGGACAUGAGAGAAGUGGUGUGUGUCAAACGCCUACGCCCAGUAGUAUCAAAUAGAUGGAAUAGUGAUGAAUGUUUAAGAGCAAUAUUGAAAUUAAUGUCUGAAUGCUGGGCUCAUAAUCCUGCCUCAAGGCUCACUGCCUUGAGGAUCAAGAAGACACUUGCCAAGAUGGUGGAAUCACAAGAUGUAAAGAUUUGACAUAGUAAAUUGACAUUGGAGAGCAAAGCUGGCCUCCUAGAUCUUUUCACUCAAACAUGGGUGAGACCUAUGUGGGAAGAGGAAAUAACUGAGAUUCAGUGUAUUUUCUCAGCACACUUCUACAGGCUGCUAAUCAAAUCUUUCAGUACUUCAUAGACUGUGAUACUGAGAGCCUCUAUACACUACAUGCUAUGUAUAUGGACAGCCUUGAUAAAAUACACAUUUUGGUUUUGUUUGAGCUGCAUUGAGACUUCAGGCAUACUUAGUGAGUCUCCAGUAAAACUCUGGGUACUGAAUUGAAUGUUCAGAUUACAGUGCUUUCUGUGAAAGCCUAACAAGCUAUAUGGAUUCAACAGAGAUGGAGAAUAUAAGCUUUUUUUUUGCCUUCUACCUGAUAAAACCUAGUCAAUCCAUACCAAGUUUUUGUGAAACAGCCUGUAGGUUAUGAAUCUGUUUGUGAUACUACUCGGUUUUACAGUCCUUAUGCCUUUAUGUGUGUGCCAGGAUUAUUUUGCUGUCAUUUGGAAUAGAAAAGAAACCAUUUAAAUGAACAAAGUUUUAUGGUCAGGGCUCCAUACAUUUUGUGGCUCCAUGAUCACAGAUUUGCUACAGAAUUUACUCCUUGCCAUUAAGUUAUCUUCCAAAAUCUCAGUUUUAAUUUUAUUUCUAUUCUUGUUUUGGUCACAAGGAGAACUGCAAAAAUGUGAACCAUUAAAAAAUUAAGGAACGCCUACCUAAGUCUGUAAAGAGCUUGAAACAACCUCUCUUAGAGGUAUAGACUGCCUUGGUCAUCUCACUUACAAUCUAGUGGGCUCCAUAACUGUACGACUAUGAAAUUUGGCGUAUUUUUCACAAUGCCACAUGCAACAGCAUUUUUGCUGUAGAAUACAUCUUAACAGAAAGACCAUUGAUGAUGUGUUUUGCCUUUCUACUUUAUUGGGACCUACUCAUAGGUGCCUGUCAUGCUCUGAACUUUUUUCCAUACAGGAGGGAAUCGGUCAGCUGUAGGAGCAUGCUUUUUCAUCAUUUGACAAAGCUAGGCAGACGAUAAGUUUUGAAAGGCUUGAGAACAAGUCUCAUUUACAGACACAAAAGAGGGAAGGCAGGAAGCGCAGGCUGGGCACUCAGAAGAUUAGAGAAUACAGUAAAGGUCAAGACCAGGAGAACUGAAUAUGUGAACUGUUGAAGAUAAGAUCCACAACAUGCAGAAGAUUUUGAGCUGGGUUGCCCUAAUGUAAACGCAGGAGGCCAUGUCUGUGGGCCACUUAGUCAACAGUUAAAAAAUUCAAGAUUGGGCCAAGGUAAAUCAGUGGGUGUUUUAAGUUCUAGUUAAGCACAUUUGGGAGGAAUGGCAUUGAAAGAUAAUUCAUGAAGAUAAAGUAAGUUAACAUAAUUGCAAAAUUUGGUCUUAUUGUGCCAAGUAUUUGGCAUGCACAGGAAACUGUAGUUCCCUCCUUUUCUUCACUGAUCCAGACAAGUUGGUUAAAAGCCAGAACCCCUCCAUGAGGUUACUGUAAGGCAGAAUUAUUGAUUUAUAACUCCUUUGGCACUUCUACUUUGAAGUUAGAAAAUAGUACCAUAACUCAAGUUGAAGCUUCAAAUGCGUGAAUCAUCUGAAGAAUGAACACACAGUAUUGGAACCAUUUAACCUAUUUGAUAAUUUAAGUGCCUAUAACUUUGUACUGUAAAUCUUGUUCUAGAUAACUUUAAAAAGGGAAGUUAUUUAUAUGGUGUGUUUUGUGCUUUAGCAAAAACAAAAAACACCACCUAGUCCUAGGUACAUGUGUACAACUAGAUGCAUGCACACACACACACACACAUAUGCCAUAGUCGAGAUUUGGAGAAAAAAAUUUAUGAAUAAUAUUAAAAUUGAUGAAAAAUAUUAAAACUUCAGAUUGAUUUAUGCCAGAUUAUUUGAUGUCUUAAAAUAUGUACAUGGAGAUUGUUUUGAUACAUGUUUAAAUUUCCCUUGAAAAUACAACUGAUAGAAAACAAUGUAAUACAGAACUGAUGUGAUUUGUGAACAAUUACAACCUUAUAACCUGUUUUUUUUGUUUUAAAAUUCUGUAGUUCACAUAAUGUAAAUGGUCAGGCAAAAGAUUGCAGUAUUUUUAUUUUUUAUUUUGAUGUACAGACUUUAUUUAACAGUUCUACAUAUUUUAUAGAAAACUAGCUAUUUUGAGGGACAUUUCUUUUUUAAAAACAAUAAAGUCAUUACUUUUGUUCAGUAAUGCCUUUAAGUAUUAAUAUGUAUUCUGGCUGAGAAGUUCAUAGGUGUGUCAGCUAUGGUUUUAACUUAUUUGAAAAGAGCAAGAGAUACACGAUUUUGUGCCACAAUCUUCAUGAUAAAGGGCUUUUUAAAAAAAAGUUUCUCCGUCCGUUGCCAAGAAAUACACGAUGAGUUUGAAAUUGUUAAUCAUGUCUUUGCACAUAAUUUUUGCACAGGUAGUUGGAAAAUAUUUGGUAUGAGCCAAAAAAAGUAAGGGAUAAGCUUUUUUUUUUUUUUUUUCCUUCUCUAGGAUUUUUAUCAGUAAGAAGGAAAAAUGUUUAUGUAGGUACCCUGUUAGCUUAAAGUUUCAGAGCAUGGAGGUCCAUUUAAAUUAACCCAUUCCUGUUUAGAAUAUUGUUUUAUUUCUUUUAGAAGUUGCCACAGCAUUAUUAGCUGUAAACUUGUUUUAUGAAUUUUUUAAUUCAUUUUUCCCAAGUCUUCAGGAAGCUACUGCUGGAAACAUGAAUUUCAAUAAUUUGUAAUUAUUCGCUUAUUUUCUUCUCCAUUGUUUAGGCAUGUGCAAGGCAAUAGGGUGGUGGUCUUUGGUAGACAUCUUAAGAGCUAAAUUGAUUUACAUAUUAAUACAGAAGUGAGCUGGCUGCUGCAAAGAUGAUCUUUGAAAGAAAAAAAAUCUUUCCACCUUAAGCUUAACCUUAAUUUUUCAGUACUUCAGUUGCUAGGUUCAUACUCAAACGUAUCAUGCAUAUGCAGUUGUUAUUGUCCUGAACAGGAGCUGCUAGGUCUUUAGCAUUCCUUGAUUCCCUGAUAUUCAAAAAAACAGUAUUGCUAAAGGAUCUGGUCGUAUAAAGCACUUGAGCACAUACCUACAUUCCAUGCAAAGUCAUUCACUGUUUGGAGCCUAAGUAUGUCUAUACUGAUAUUUUAACAAUAAUUUGGAAAAAAAAAAAAACUUCGCUCAAAGGUAGCCCGUUAAUUUUUACAUAAUUAAGAAUACUUAGUGCAGACUCUAAAGCUAAGUUGUUGCUUUAUGCAAUGCUGUAGAGUUCAGAAACCUUUAAGGUCAGGGAGGGUAAUAGGCUGCUUCUGCUGGAGUGUGAUUAAUCUCAUUUUGUUGGUCAAAAUUUUCAGCAUUUGUCAUCCAAAACAAAAUAUCCCCCAAAACUGACAAAUGUGGUUUGGGUUUUUUUUUUGUUUGGUUGGUUUGGUUUGGUUUUUUUAAAUACAAAAAUCAAAAACGUGGAAAAUACCUUGGGGAGUAUUACGACUGUGCCUUGCAAGUUCUUAAACACUCAUAUACAGAGGGGGGUUUUGUGUUUAUUUAACCUACUCCAUGUGAUUUCAGUUAGGUGGAAAAUAAUUUGAAUCACUUAUAUAAUUCUUAUGGUUACAGCAACUGAAAGGAAAGUUUUUGUGUUCCUGGUUAACUUGUAAUUUCCACAAGAAACGUAGUAUUCCUACAGAAAAAUGUAGGCUUACGUUUUGAUUUUAUUCUAAGUUUUACUCAAUAUAGGAUUUUUUUUCCUGAGUUUUACUCAAGAAACUGACAGUUUUCCCAAUAUCCAUUACUUUUCCCAAUUAUUUUCGUAAUUAGUCUAUUUUGAGGUAUUGAAUAAAAUAUAAAAUUAAUACUUUGUUACCUCCAUAGUAGUCUAGAAUCAAAUUUUAGAUCUUGAUCUAAAUGACCAUUUGAAUGUGCUUAUAAAACAAAUUAUUUGGAUACAUUUCAUCUAUUCCAUCUUCACAGACUGUAUUUUAAUGGUCUAAAAUGUUUGAAAAGCAAUUAAGUUAAAAAGCAUUCUUUCGCUAUUGCAGAUAUUUUUAAAGAGAAGUUAUGCUCUCAUCUUCUGUCAAAUGUUAGAAUGAUUUAGCACUUCCUCAUUCUUCUGACAGUGCCUCUGAAGUCAAAAGUCUUUAUGCUGUGGCCACAGUCUUUAUUCCAAACAGGGGUGAUGUCUAAAAAUGGUUGGCAAUGUUGCAUGAUACAGUGCUUUAUGGAGCCAUGGUAUAUUAGCCUUGGUUUGUAUAGCAGAAGUGGAGUGCACAUUACUUCUAAUUUUUUAACAAAUCUCAUGUAAUUGUUGCUUUGUAAUAUUUUACCAUUGAAUGCAAUUAUAGAAGCCCACAUCAUGUAGUGACAUUUGUGCUCUGACAUGCCAUGCCCAAAAUGAAAUGUACUAUAUUGUAUACAAGAAGAAUAAAUAACAUUGUAGUUAACCUAGAGAAGAUGUAAAUAAAAUAUGAGAGAGUGGAACGAGACAAAUGGUCACACUCUUGUGUGUGUUAUAUGCCAGAAGUGUAGAAUACUCCUUUAAAAAUGUAACACACUAAUGUAUUUUGUACAGCAUCUGCUUUAGAAGGUGCCUUAUUGAGUUUACCAUGAAUUGCUUGUUCUGUACACAGAUUAUGUCCAAUGUAUCAUUUUUAAGUAAAUAACCUUAUUUUAGUACACAUUAGUAAUGUGUUUUGUUACUAUAAGAUUUUGCCUUUAAAAUGUAAUGACUUGGAAAUCAUAAUACUGUAACUACAUAAUCCCCUACUUUUUAAUACCUCGUUUAUGUUUUUUUCCCCACAGUCUUUGAAUAAGUUGUUAAUGAUCACUUCUAUUGUUCAGUGGUGUUCAGAAUUAUUUGGUGCUCUAUAAGUUCAGGCUCUGUAUUCCUUGGACUAAAUUUGGGCACAAUGGUAAAACCAAUGUUUCUUUCUGAUUUUUAUUUGUGUCUUACAGCAAAGCCAGAAGCAAGUCAAAAUUGAAUAAUUGUAUUUGAACAUAAUGCAAGUUCACUACAUGUUGGUUUUAUCCAUAACAUUUUGCCUCAAGCUCAUCAAGUAAAAAGAGAAAAAAUAAAAGGGAUGGGGGAUUCUGUAACUCUU